AUGCCUUUCGAGAUCCGUCGAGCCCCUGUGCCCCAGACCUUUCCUGGUGUGCAUUCUGGCCAGAAUCCCUAUGACAACCCAGCCGGGGCGACGAGAGCUCUCCAGGACGAGCAGCGGAUCCGGUAUUGGUAUUAUUCUGAUCUUGCCCAUGCUGGGCAUGAAGUCUCCCCCCCCCCGUCCUGGCCGUGGCCCUGCUCUGGGACCUGGCAGGGUGUUGAGCCGUGGCACGGCUGGCACCCGCAGAGCGCCUUGUGUGCUCGUUUCUUCGUCGAGCUGGCGCCCGAUGCCGCUUCUGUACUCCCUCUGAUCGUGGAAGGGCCAGUCGAGACACCCUGA